UCAGAUUUUUCCUCUGGCUGCAGCUGGGAAGCUGAUCCCGGGCAGGAAGCGGUGGCGGGACGGUCCCACCGGGAUGGGGGGCGGGGAGAGGGGGGCCCGGCUUUGGCAUUUUCUGCGGCUCCCUCUCUCCUUUCCUUCCCGGUCUCUGCCCGACCCGAUUCCUGCCCCGGGGUCCGGGUCCUGUUGCUCCGGGCCGGAUCCCGGCUUCGCUGCUCCCCGCGGUCCCCCUCUCCCCUCUUCCCUCUUCCGGGGGACCGGGGCCGCGUCCCGGCGGAACCGGGAGAGGCGGGGGCACGGGGAGGACGCCGUCCCCUCCCGGGGUGCCGUGGGCUCAGGUCACGCGUCCGGGCCCCGUGGAGCAACAGCGGGAGAAAUCCGGCUCCAUCCCCCCCACCGCGGGGAGGGGCUCGGCCGCGGCGUCGCCCUUCAGGAGGAAGGUUUUAGGAGGGGAAGCGCGGGCCGGCCGCGCGCGUGGGGACUGCGGGAAGCCGGGCGAGGGCGGCGCGCCAGCCCCACUCGCGGUGCGGGUCGGGCCGGGUGUCCGCUCGCGCCCGCGCCCCCAGCUGCCGCCUGCGCCGUCUGGGAGCUGCGGAGAGGGACGCGUGUUUCGUGCCCGGAUCCUUACAAUUCCCACACCCAGGCCAUCUCAACACAGAUGGCUUUUUUUUUUUCUCCUCCUGCGCUGGGGGCCGAGGGUUGGGAGCAUUUUUAGGUGAGCAGGGGAAGGACGAGGAGAGCCUAAAGGAGCGCGACAGGGUUGAAGUCGGCGUCUGGGGACCCCAUCCCCAGGCACAGACGCUGCCCCCAGCAGCCUGAGCACCAUCUUGGAGUAGCUGGUGUGCUCGUUUUACGGAUGAGAAACUGAGGCUUAAAAAUUGAAUAAAUGGCUCAAGGGCACCCACCUUGUGUAUGGCUAAAACCCUUGUUUUUUCUUUCUCAUUUGUAUACAUCGAUAAAUGCCGCCUUCAGAAUUGGAGAAAGGUUGAGAUAGAAAACAUAUAUUAUCAGAGCUUCAUGGUCAAAAGAUUCAUUUUAUAGUGACAAUUACUGUCUCACAGGUUGGAUUAUUUAUUUCUUUUGGUUGUAAAUGUUUACAAUUCUACUGAAUUUUCAGCUAGUGUGCUUAUAAGUUAUUUUCUUUUUUUGUGUGGCAAUUCAUAUGACAGAAGAACAGAAUGAGGAAAUUAGGAAGGUUUGAACUGUAACAUUUGCCAGGAGUUGGAUUUAAUUUAUUAUUAAUAAAAUUUCCAGUUAAAUAAGAUAAUUCUAAUAUUUAUAGGUUACUGUGUAUUCUUUCAGCAUGCUCCUUGGUACAAAACUAUUCAAUUGAAUUUACUAACUAUAUAUGAUUAUCUUGGAGCCUUUUUUCGUACCCUAUCAGCUGUUUCUAUGGCAAUUUUUUGUUCAUUGUUAUCACAGCUUACUCUAUUAUGGCUUUUUUAAAAAAAAAUCUCUGUAUAUUUUCUCAUUCUUACUUGUUUGCUUACUUUUCUAUCCAUUAGUCUAAAUUGGCAUUUAGGUAAAUUUGCUUUUAAGUUGAAUACUUAAGCCAAUGAUUCAGUCAUUUUGUCUUUUCUGGGGUGGGUAGUGCCUACUAGAUAUUUAAUUGUGCUGCAUUUUAAUAUUUCUUACCAUUCACUAUAAGCUUUUUUUUUUUAGACACGAUCUCCCUCUGUUGCCCAGACUGGAGUACAGUGGCGCCAUCUUGGCUCAUUGCAUCCUUAAUCUCUUGGGCUCAGGAGAUCCCCCCACCUCAGCCUCCUGAGUAGCUGGGACUACCGGUGCAUGCCACUGCCAUGCCUUGCUAAUUUUUGUACUUUUUUUUUUUUUUUUUUUUCCGUAGAGAUGGGAUUUUGCCAUGUUGCCCAGGCUGGUCCUCGAGCUCCUGAGCUCAAGCAGUCUGCCUGCCUUGGCCUCCCAAAGUGCUGGGAUUACAGGCAUGAGACACACCAUGCCCUGCCUCUCAAUACACUAUUUAAUACAUCAGACCCUUUGGCACCUCUAGGCAGAGGACCUCAAUUAAUUUAUGAGCAGCUGUUGCUGUGUACAUGUAAUUAUGUUUGACUACAAAUGCAUCUUUACAAAAUGGGCAUAGUGGAAUCAUAAUAUAAAUGGUUCAGAUUAACUUAAUUCAGAUUAAGAAAAUUGUUUCAUACUGAGGUAAGCGCUUGAAAAAUUGUCUAUUUAAAAAUGCAGUACAUUUUAAAGAGUUACUAUUCGAGGAUCUAAAAUAUACAGAGAAGGCUGCAUAUUUUACUUUGAUCUUACUACCAUCCAAAAGAAAGCUUACAUAAAAAUGAUUUGUCACUUUCUGCUUUCUGAAGAAGAUAUAUGAGUCUUUUAGCUAGGUCCUGGCUAUUUAGUCAGUUGAGAAAUACUUUCAUUAAAAACCUAUUGGUAGAAAUUUGCCAGUUUAUGGAGCACUUGCUCAAGUAGUUGCUUUUCUGAGAGGCAGUAGUGAGACCAGGAUGUUCCAUCCCCAAGGAGGGCCCUGCAGCCCAUCUCAGCCCGGCCAUGUCGUGCUAUGAGAGGUUCCUCUGUCCCUUGGUCAAGGAAGAGAUCAGGCCCUGCAGUCACACUGCCUUUGCCUCUUGCUGACUUUAUUCUUGAGCGAGUCACUUGGCAGAGCCUCUGGUUUCUCUUAGGGUUGCUGUAAGCCUAGAGCACGGGGUCCUGGUAGGCAGCAGAUAACAGUAGGGCCCUGAACCAUUUGUUAAAGUCAUUGAGGAACUGCAAACAGUGGCCCUGAAUAGUGUUAGUGUGUGUGAAACUGUGAUUGAAACUGUACAUGUGUGGAAAGCCACAAUCCAAUUGUGCAGGCUGGGGUGCUGCAUUAAAAAAAAAAAAAAAAAAAAAAAGAAAAGAAAAAUCCUCCCCUGAGGAUUUCAUUGUUGGAUAAAGGGCUCAGAACAAUCAGAUCUUGCUUUGGGCUUUUAGGUAUUGUGGCACCAACAGCUGUAUUCUGUUAAAGAUCAACUUUCGGCUGUUCGAUAGCAGUUAAAUGUCACUGGAAUGUUUAGGCAAUUGCUUUGUAAUUUGACAGGCAUCUCUAAGUUUUUCCAAAGUAAAUGUAUUAAAUCUAAGUCAGCCUUUGACAUGUAAAUCACAUUCAGGAUUCCAUGGGGGUUGAGGUGGGAGAAUGAACUUUUAAUUUCUGGAAUUAAUUUGGCAGUUUAAAAAUAGAGCUCUGAUAGCUCUGAUGUUGAAUCCUUUCUGCGUGUUUAAAAAAUUUUUUCUAUAGAAUGAAAUUGUAGAAUGUAAAUAUAGCUUUUGAAAGGACAGUUAUUAAUGUGCUGUUUAGCCAGGUGGUUUUCAGAAUUUGACUAGUGGAAUUAAGCAUGCUUUUUUUUUUUUUAAACAAAUGCUCAAGUAGGGUGGGUGUGAUAUUUUCAAGUUUUUGCAAAACCCUAAACUGUUAUGCUUUUCAGUCCUAAGCAAAACAGAAAAAAAACAUCAGUAUUCCCUUGAUGCUUUUUCCCAAGUAUAGCCCACUAAAGGAGGAAGUUAUAAGGAGACAAAGUCUUCUAUUUCUUUACCAGAAUUUUGGGAAGUAGAGAGAUGUUAGGGAGGAAAAUACCCAUGCAAAUAUGAAAUAUUCAAGAUUUUUUUCCCUUUAGUAUUCUCUGUCCAUUGUUACCACUGAUGAGUUAUACUGGGUGGAAGAUGGGAAGGUUGAAACGUUUGCUAUUUGAUAAAAGCAGCUGAUCUCCCAGAGAGAAUUGUGGUAGCUUUGCAGAAUUCUUUGUAACCCUCUAAAGCCAAGUUGAUCAGUCAUUUUGGUGUACCCUUAGUAAUCUGGCUAUUCAAAAAUGCAACAAGGGUUUUAUAGCAUUUGUAUGUAUACAUGGGGAUAAAAGGAAUGAAGACAUGGCAAGUGUAGAUUAUUUUAGAGUGAGAAACGUUGCUUUAAAUAAUUGUUACUUAGAGCAUUUGAGUCACCUAGUUACCCAAGUAUGAUUGGAGGUCAAUAAUGAAGAGAAAAACAUGUAUAUGUAAAUACAUACUUAUCUGUGGUAGGUAAUGUACCCUGAAGAAUUUUCCAUGAAACUGGUGUUAUGUAAUAUUAAUACAUAUUUAGAUAAUUUGGUACAUGAUUUAGAGACUGUAUGAUCUUUUUUUCUUGUGAUUAUGGGAACAAAAAACUUGUGUUGUUUGAGGGCUACUUCAGUGAGGUAUGUGUACUUAGACAAUGUAGUAUUAUAGUGUUCAAAGUAUGGAGUCAGAUUUAAUGAUUUGAUCAUAUAUGUAAUUAACAUUUUCUCUUUUAAAAUAAUAAAACAGCUAGAGUCAACUUUUUAUAUAGUCUAGUACGUCCCGAGCAUCAGACAUUGGGAUAUUUUUAGUUAAUUGCUUUAUUCCUUGGAGAGCAAAAUUGUUGCACUAAGGGAUGACCCAAUCCAUUCAUGACAAAUACAUACAACAUGGCCAGGUAGGCUCAGAAGGGGAAAUGAGUUCUGUACCAGCCUAGAAAACUGCUUUGUGUGCCCAUCAUGAAAGGCUUGUUUGGAAUAUACUCUUCUAAGUGGCCUGAUAAUCAUUUUGUUCACUCCAGAAAUAGUAUUUUAAAACACGUUAAUUCUUAGAAGGUGUCGGUAAUCCUGAUGUUGCUCUAGAUUGGUAGUGUUAGUUGGUGAAUUGACAUCAUCUUUUUACUGAUAGUGGUAAUGAGGGGUAGAUUGACUUCAUGUAUUAUAACUGCUAACUUUUAAACUCAGAUAUCUAAUUUUAAAACAUGUUGAAACCUUGCUUUCCGUUUACUGGUAUUUGUUUUUUGUCAGGUCUUUUGAAAUGAUCUCGGCAGACGCCAAAUAAGUAUAUUGUAUGUUGGAUAUUUGAAUUUUGCUUAGGCACUUAUGAGAGAAGUUAUAAUGUAAAAUUUUCAUUUUGCCUUCCUUGGGAAUAUUUCAAGUCCUUGCGGUUUGGUUUUAAUUUUUAAAAUUUUUAAAAAUUUUAAGUUUUUGUGGGUAUGAAGUUGGUAUAUAUGUUUAUGGGGUACAUGAGAUGUUUUAUAGGCAUGCAAUGUGAAAUGAUCACAUCAUGGAGAAUGGGGUAUCCAUUCCUUCAAGCAUUUAUUCUCUGUGUUAUAAAAGUUUCAUAUAAACUUUUCAGAAUGAUGCCAGCCCUAUUGCUAUGACGGUUGGCUCCUGGUGCCACUAUUAAUCAUUGGCUGCAUUAAGCAUUGGCCUUGUAUCUUUUUGGCAAACGUUUGAGUCUCUGCAGGUUUGUGAGGUAAUGGGUAAUUGUUGGACUUGCUCGGCAACAGCCCGCUGAGACCCAAUCUGUUGUGUUCCAGGGGGAGCUAUAAUAGUUAUGUUGGGGCCUGUCCUGUGGAAAGGAAGCUUAUUUGCCUUAUUGUCAGCUUUUAUUGUAUUAAAAUACACACUUGGAUGUGGGUGAUGCACAUUUAGAUGUGAGUCUAACUUGUAAGGCUUGCUGUUAUAGACUGAGUAUAUUUCAGAUUUAAUAGAAUCAGUUAUACCUGAUGGUUCUGGCUUGCAGAAAGAAAAGACAAAAAAACAAACAAGCAAAAAAAAACAAUAACUCCAAAUCCAGCCCUGAUAUAGAUAGAAAAUUUAACUUUUUAAAUAUUUAGUUAUCAAAUAAUUUCCAUUUAUUAGGAAAAAUGUGUUUUUUCCAAUGUAUUUUGCCUGCUCAAUCUCUUACGUAGUAUAUGUAUUUGGAAUGAGGGCUGUAAAAGUCAUAAGCAUUCUUGUACUUCAGCUUAUUUAGUAAGUCAGACAAAUGAGUUAUAUAGAUAAAACAAUGACAGAGUAAGUUUUAGACCAGUAACAUGUAUUACAUGCAUUGAGGUACCUAAAGGAAUAUGUAGUAAGGGAAGAAGUCUGGGAAACAUUGAUGAAUGGGGCUAGAAAAGGCGAGGGAAGAGAGGAAUGGAGGUGAGAUGAAUGCAGAGGGGCCAUCUUGCACAUACCGUAGAGGGCUGUAUGGCUUUCCAUAUAGACUAGAGGAGUUAAAAUUUCAUCUGCAGGCCAUAGGGAUUCCGUUGUAGCUGUUAAGGUGUGGCAUGGUGAAAGUAGCAUUGAAACAAAUGAAUAGCAUUUGCAGAGAUGUCCAGUAUGGUUUGUGUGAAAGGCCUAAAUUGGUGGUGUAUACCAGGAAAGAUGGGUUUAUUGGUACAAAGUGACUACCCUCAUAAAGUGACAUUUACUUUGUUCAGUUCUCUUUAGCCCAGAGUUUGAGCCUCUGCUUUAGAUACACAAAUUCAGUCUUGUCAGCGUCUUGUUAAUAGGGCUUAGGAAAGCUGAACCAUUCCCUUCCUGCUCUCCCCCAAGCAAGAAAAACAAAAACCAAAAACCCAACUCCCACAAACAAAUAAUGAGCCUUUAGAGGAGAUGGGAGUGUAUGAAUUAGAAUGCCAAUAAAUAUACACAUCAUUUUGUCUACUGUGUGUGUUCUGCUUGUUGGCCACAUGGCACAUUGUCAGUUGGUGUAUUAUGGGUGUUGAAUCAGAACUGGAAGGUUGGUUAUAAUGAUAAAGCUUAUGAGCAGUUCCUUGUUAUUUCUUGUAUCUGUUAUCUGUUUGUUCCUGGGCUAGGUGCUUCCUCUUGUUCAUGCAGCUUCAACAAAAUGAAUCUAGUCCCUGCCCUUGCCUAUCCACUCAAUAAAGCUAUUCUUGCUAGAAGGGACUAAGUUCCUAAAUUCCUUCUCUAUUUCCUCAUUGCUGGCCACUCUUCAGAUUUACAAAUGUAUAAAAAGUCUUUUAAAUAAUUUCAAUCAUAGUGUCUUUAGUCUCAAUGACCUGGGGGCUGUUUGGUAUUCUUUUAGGUGACUUUGCACAGCUUUGCUUUGAUCCACUUUGUGAUGACUUUUGUAUACUCUUAAAGGUUAAUCUUACAUUUAGAUUUCAUUUUGCCCCUAUGUACUGCAUACAGUUUGAAAUGGACCAAGAUUGCUGGCAGGAAAGUAAACUAGGAAGUCAGCUCAUGGGUUCAGCUUCUGACUGUGAGCUUGCUUUGCUGCUUGUACAGUAUUUCCAUACUUGAGGGGGUUUGGAGUAGAGAGUUUGCUAUAGGAACAAAGACAGGGAUCAAUCUACCAACCUUUGCAAGGAAUAGAUGACAGACACUAAUGAGGACAAAUGUGUUUUAAAGAAAGGAUGGAGUAAGAGGCAACUCUGAAGCCCUAGGGGGAGUCAGUUUUGUGGGAAGAUGAUUAAUUUUUGACAGAGCCACAGUAGAUCAUCCAAGUGGAGAUCAUUAUAGGCCAGUGGUUUGGUUUGGUUUGAUACUGUGACUUCGCCGAUUGAUCAAGGCCAGAAAUGUACAUUUGGGCAAUGUAAUAUGAAAUAAUCGCUGUCUGAUCUCGAUCAAAUCUGUUAUUUUUUCUGAGCAUCUUUAAAACAAGUCUAUAAAAAAGGCAACAAUUCAUGCCAUAAGUUCCUUAGGAUGUUGGUUUCAUGAUUAAUAAUAAAAUAGCUAGCACUAUUGUGGUAUUAUGCUAAGUACUUUUGGAUGUAGUAUCUCAUUUAGUCUUCAAAACAAGACUAAAGGAAUUGGAUUCAUUUGUCCCAGUCAUACCAGAGGGGAAACAGGCUUAGAAAGGCACCUACGGUCACCGUUACCAGGAGUGGUCUUGGAACUUGUGGGUAUCUGGCUGCUACUCUUAACUACUACACUGCAUUUCCCCUCAGAUAAUUUAUAUAAAAGCAAUCUAAAAAGCAUAUGGCUUAAAAAAAAAAACCCUGAAAUAAGCAGAGUAGAGUGAGGCCUCCAAUGAGAAGAUGGUGGGCUGAACUGAGUUUUGGAAUGAUACCCAUAGAAUGAAGAAUAGAAAGGAAGAAGACUGUUCUUAGGAGAAUAAAGAGAAUUAAGGGAAGAAUGGCUUUGAAUCCAAAUAAAAGUAUAUUAAAGAGGAGAUUUAAUGUUAAACAUCAGCUGAGGAUAUAAGGAGAGGGUAGGAACCAAAAAUUCUAGAAGCUAACCUUUUUUUUAUUCUCAGGUAUCAGUUCCUCAGAGAAGGCUCUAAGAUUAGUUGGGACAGGGUAGUCUAAGAUCUGUGACUACCCAGUGUUUAGGAUAACACCUAGUGCGUCGUAUGUGCUUGGCAUUUUUUAAGUAAGGGAAUUAUGUUAGUAGACAUUUGGGAGAUAAAUUGAGUAAGACAACGGUCGGUCCUUGCGCUCAAAGAGCUCUUGGUGCAGUCAGGGAAUUUGAUUGUUAAAGCAUAAAUAAAUUACUGUGUGCUGGUGAAUAGCUCUCGUGGUUGAUAUGGUGCUUUGGCUUGUGCUCCUCCUUAUUUCUGUCAUAGAAUGUCUUAUGACAUGCCAUUCUACGACAGAGUUGCUUAGUUUUGGGAACCUCUUGCAGCUGGAAGGCUUAGCCGUGCCACACCUCUUCCUUGGCCGGGAUACAAGACCCCUUAUAAUGAACACCCCUCUUUCCCCGCAGCUCUGCCACAAUCUCAACCAUAAACCCAACACACGAGUGACAUCAAAUGACUCAUUUACUUCUUCAGCAUGCCAUAUUGUUUCAUGGCACAUGGGCUUUUGUAUAUUUGUUCCUCCCUCUGCCUGUUUUCUCUUCUCCUCACCUGUCAACCUUCUGCUGAUCUUCAGAGUUUAGUUAAAAAAAAAAAAAAAAGUGUUCAUUCUGCUGAGUUUUUGGCCUGCCCUCGCCCUUACAGCAUUUGGCUUCUCCUUCCUCUGUGAUUCUGCCUCUGUUGUAGACCUAGAGCUCUGUAAAAUUAUGUGUUUCCAUGUCCAUCUUUCAUAGUGACUGCAGGGCUUUGUCCACUUUCCUCCUUUUUUUUUUUUUCCAGUGUUCAGCCUAAUGCCUGAGUCAUAGGGGCAGUAUCCAAUACACAGAUCCUGAAUGAGUGAAAUAAUAAUGGCUGACUGUCUCUCAGAAAAUGACAGUUUUCUCC